AUGCCUUACCAGCACCGGGCCGCGGGUGACGGGGCCCAUCCGGGGCCCAGGGCUGCACGGCCCAUCCACUCCUCAGGCCAGAGCUUCGAGGCGCUAAGGCAGGGCUGCCUGGGCUCUGGCACGCUGUUCGAGGACGCGGACUUCCCGGCCAGCCACACCUCCCUGUUCUACAGCGAGAGGCCCAGGGUCCCCUUCGUGUGGAAACGGCCAGGGGAAAUUGUAAAAAACCCAGAAUUCAUUCUUGGAGGGGCCACCAGGACUGACAUCUGUCAGGGAGAGCUGGGGGACUGCUGGCUGCUGGCUGCCAUCGCCUCCCUCACUCUGAAUGAGAAAGCACUGGCCAGAGUGGUUCCCCAGGACCAAGGCUUCGGCCCUGGCUAUGCCGGCAUAUUCCACUUCCAGUUCUGGCAGCACUGUGAGUGGCUGGAUGUGGUGAUCGAUGACAGACUGCCCACCUUCCGGGACCGGCUGGUCUUCCUCCACUCUGCAGACCACAACGAGUUCUGGAGCGCCCUGCUAGAGAAGGCAUAUGCCAAGCUGAACGGCAGCUAUGAGGCCCUGAAGGGUGGCAGUGCAAUGGAGGCCAUGGAGGACUUCACCGGGGGCGUGUCUGAGAACUUCCAGACCAGAGAGGCCCCGGAGGAUCUCCAUGCCAUCCUGCGGAAGGCCCUGAAACAAGGCUCCCUGCUAGGCUGCUCCAUCGACAUAAGAAAUGCUGCUGAUUCUGAAGCCAGGACACCACUGGGUCUUAUCAAGGGUCACGCCUAUACCGUGACAGGAAUUGACCAGGUAAUCGUCCAAGGCCAGAAGAUCGAGCUGAUCCGGAUCCGAAACCCUUGGGGCCAGGUGGAGUGGACCGGGCCAUGGAGUGACAGCUCCCCUGAGUGGCGCUCCAUAGACCUGGCUGAGCAGACGCGCCUGUGCCACACUGCUCUGGAUGACGGAGAGUUCUGGAUGGCGUUUGAGGAUUUCAAGGCCCAUUUCGACAAAGUGGAGAUCUGCAACCUCACACCCGAUGCCCUGGGGGACCACGCCCGGCACGGGUGGGAGGUGACUGUCCACCAGGGGAGCUGGGUCCGAGGCUGCACCGCUGGCGGCUGCCGCAACUUCCUGGACACCUUCUGGACCAACCCACAGAUAAAACUGUCCCUGUCUGAGAGGGACGAGGGCCAGGAGGGGUGCAGCUUCCUUGUGGCCCUCAUGCAGAAAGACCGAAGGAAGCUCAAGAGGUUUGGUGGCAGCAUGCUCACCAUCGGCUACGCCAUUUACCAGUGCCCGGGCACGGCUGGACGCCUGAGCAGGGACUUCUUCAGGUACCACGCCUCGCUGGCCAGGAGCAAGGCAUUCAUCAACCUGCGGGAAGUGUCGGGGCGCUUCCGCCUGCCCCCGGGGGACUACGUGCUGGUGCCCAGCACCUUUGAGCCACACCAGGAGGCGGACUUCUGCCUGAGGAUCUUUUCAGAGAAGAAGGCCGUCACCCGGGACCUGGAUGGGAGCGUGGACAUCAACCUGCCUGGGCCCCCACCACUGAUGCCCCGAGAGUGGGAGACAGAGGAGGAGCGGCAGUUCCGGGCCCUGUUCCAACAGGUUGCUGGUGAGGACAUGGAGGUGACUGCUGAGGAACUUCAGGAUAUUUUAAAUGCUGUGCUGCAAAAGAAGAAGGAUCUCAAGUUCAAGCCCCUGAGCGUGCUGUCCUGCAGAGACAUCAUCUCUCUGAUGGAUACCAGCGGCAAUGGGAAACUGGAGUUUGGUGAAUUCCGGGUGUUCUGGGAGCUGAAGCAGUGGACGGACCUGUUCCUUCAGUUUGACGUGGACAGAUCAGGCACCAUGUCCUCCUAUGAUCUUCGGACCGCGCUAGAGUCUGCAGGCUUCCGGCUGAGCAGCCACCUCCUGCAGCUGGCCGUCCUCAGGUAUGCUGAUGAGGCGCUGCAGCUGGACUUCCACGACUUCCUCCACUGCUUGGUCCGCCUGGAGAACGCGAGCCGGGUGUUCCAGGCUCUCUGUAUGAAGGAAAAGGACUUUAUUCAGCUCCACAUAAAUGAGUUCAUCAACUUGACCAUGAACGUUUGA